AUGAUAAAAGUAAAUGAUUUAAUAUCAGCUUUAAAUUACUUUUCUACGAAUCAAACUUGUCAAUUAUUUCGUUCAAAUAUUAGUACAGUUUUUAUUGAAUCUUAUUCAAAUUCUAUUUUUCUAUUUCUUAAUCAAUCGUCAAUAUCAAUAUUAAAUGCUCAAGAAUAUCAACCGAUUACGUCAUUAUCACCACCAACAACAAUACUAUCAACCUCACCAUCAUCAACAUCAGAAAUAUCAUCUACAUCAUCGUCAACAUCCACAACAACAUCAAAAACAACAUCAAAAACAACAUCAUCAUCAAUAUCAACAACAACAUCAUCAACGUCAACAGCUUCAACAUCAACAUCAACAACAUCAUCAACAUCAUCAUCAUCAUCAUCAACAUCAUCAUCAUCAUCAACUUCAACUUCAACUUCAACUUCAAUAACAACAUCAUCAACCUCAACAUCAACAACAACAACAUCAUCAUCUUCAUCAACAUCAAGUUCAACUUCAACAACAACAUCAUCAACCUCAGCAUCAACAACAACAACAUCAACCUCAACAACAUCAAAAACAACAUCAUCAUCAACUUCUUCAACAUCAACAACAUCAACAACAUCAUCAACAACAGCAAGUACCUGUAACCUAUUCUAUAAUCAAACUACAUACUCAGUUGGCAUUGAUCCACAGGCAGUAGUAGUUGUUGAUGUGAAUAGCGAUAAUCAACCUGAUAUUAUUGUUGCAAAUACUCUUUCGAAUAAUGUCGGCGUUCUUCUCAACGUAGGCAAUGCUACUUUUAAUAAUUCAGCGACUUAUUCAGUUGGCUUUGGUCCACAGGCAGUAGCAGUUGCCGAUGUGAAUAGCGAUAACAAACCCGAUAUUAUUGUUGCAAACACUGCUUCGAAUACCGUCGGCGUUCUUCUCAACGUAGGCAAUGGUACCUUCAAUACUUCAGCAACUUAUUCAGUUGGUCUUUUACCGUCGGCAGUAGCAGUCGUCGAUGUGAAUAGCGAUAACAAACCUGAUAUUAUUGUGGUAAACCAAGCUUCGAAUACAGUCAGUGUUCUUCGCAACUUAGGUAAUGGUACCUUUAAUACUUUAGCAACUUAUUCAGUUGGCAUUAGCCCACAAUCGCUAGCAGUUGUCGAUGUGAAUAGCGAUAAUCAACCUGAUAUUGUUGUUGCAAACAUUGCUUCGAAUACAAUCAGUGUUCUUCUCAACGUAGGCAAUGGUAUUUUUAAUACUUCAGCAACUUAUUCAGUUGGUCUUUUACCGUGGUCAAUAGCAGUCGUCGAUGUGAAUAGUGACAACAAACCUGAUAUUAUUGUUGCAAAUCAAGGUUUGAAUACAGUCAGUGUUCUUCUCAACGUAGGCAAUGGUACCUUUAAUAAUUCAGCGACUUACUUAGUUGGUGUUGAUCCAAGGGCAUUAUCAGUUGUUGAUGUGAAUAGCGACAAUAAACCCGAUAUUGUUGUUGCAAACAUUGCUUCGAACACAGUCAGUGUUCUUCUCAACGUAGGCAAUGGUAUCUUCAAUACUUCAGCAACUUAUUCAGUUGGUCUUUUACCGUGGUCAAUAGCAGUCGUCGAUGUGAAUAGCGAUAACAAACCUGAUAUUAUUGUUGCAAAUCAAGGUUCGAACAAUGUCGGUGUUCUCUUACAUUGCUGA